UGCCCCUAACCAAAAACUUGAAAGGGGGCUGUUAUUGUAAAAGGGGCAAAAUGAACUCAUCGACUAGCAUAGAUACGUCGAAUCAGCCCGACUUAAUAAUGCAACUGUGUAAUCACUUCACAAAAAAUAAGCCAGGUUUAUCGACUAAUUUGUGUAAAACUGCGUUCAGUUUCCUGUCCUCACCGGCGCAAAUCGAGUGCAGUGUCCCCAGUGACGAGCAAUUUGUUGUUGUGCAAAUAAGAGAAAUGCUGAGGGAGCAAUCAAACAGUUGUGAACAGUUUGAAUUACUCUACUCUAAUAUGUGUAAAACGAAUGUGUUAGAAAACCGGGCCUCGGUCUUGCACUUUUUGCUAAAACUUGCCAAAAUGUCACAAAAGGAAGUCAGGUGGGGCACAAUCGAAAGUCUCGAUAGGUUCCCUUCGACGACUUUAACCCGACCUAAAUCUCACUAUUUUCUUAAAAGUGGUGGCUCUCAAGAGUCCAUAAGGAGCAUUUUUCAAGGACACUCGACCUUGAAGUCUGUACAGUCCAGUAGCACUAACAUUCCGUCUUCACGGGUCACAACGGCUGUGUCCAGCGUUUGGUCAAAAAAUGAGUUGGAAUCUGUCUCUUCCCCCCUCCCUUCCGAAACCAAUCUGGUGUCUGACCGCGAGCUCUUGCAAGACAUCAUCUACUCCUUCCACGGCAUCGAGGGGCGCUUCCUGCGCAAGGAAGUGGGCGGUUUGGGCUUCACCCUCGACCCCAAAGCCGGCAAAAACAUCACCCCCAUCCAGCGUGGCCUCAUGGAGCGCCUCACGGGGAUGAGCUUCCUGCACAACCAGCUCAAGCAAUACUGCGACUCGAAUGACGAACAAGGGGGCGUCAUUUGUCUCGCCCUCAUUGCAACGCUCCGCGACGAACUCUCCUCCUACUACCGCACCAUCGCCCUUCUCCAGACCGCCCUCAGAAAGCACCCCCACGACCAGCCCCAGAUGAACCUCCACAAAGCACUGGUGUAUAUCCACGAGCAUCGGAUGCGGUUCGAGUGGCUCGCAUAUAUCGCCGAGCAGUGCAAUGAGAAAAAAGGGGGCGCGCUGAUUACCGCCGUUCACGGGUUUUUGCAACACGGGUCAAAGUGCGCGCAGGAGGUGUCUGAAAAGGUGCUAGCGGCUGUGUGUAAGCCGUUGUUUAUCAUGUUGUCGCGGUGGUUGUUAGAUGGAGAGAUAAAUGAUGCGUGUAAUGAGUUUUUUAUCGAAGCUAGGGACAUAGCAGCGGCUGAAAGGCUGUGGCAUGAUAAGUAUCAUGUGAGGAAGGCGAUGGUGCCGUCGUUUAUCACGAUGGAGCAAGCGAAGAAGAUUUUGGCGACGGGGAAAAGCAUUAAUUUUUUGAGGCAGAUCUGUAAGGAUAGUGGACAGUUGCCGGAGAGGGAUGUGUUGCAGAAGCUGUCUAAAACGACCUCAGAAUCGUUAUUUUCGCCCGAACAAAGCCUCGAAUUCGAUUCGGCCCUCGAGAAAGUCUACCGGGAAACAUCGCUCCGAGUGCUCGACCUCCUCAAAAACAAAUACCGGCUUUACGAACAUUUGCAAUCGCUCCGGAGGUACCUCCUACUCGGCCAGGGCGACUUCAUCCGCCACUUAUUAGAACUAUUAGUCCCCGAGUUGGACAAGCCGGCGCAAGAAAUCUACAGUCACACCCUUUCUACGAUUCUCGAGUCAGCGAUCCGCGUAACCAACGCCCAGUUCGAGGACGAGGACACCCUUCAAAGGCUCAAUGUCAGUUUCAUGGGGCACUCGCAGGGUGACACCGGAUGGGACGUUUUCAGUCUCGUUUACAUCGUCGAUGGGCCCGUUGGGACCAUUUUCCAGCCCACCAUGACCACGUACCAGUGCCUUUUCGGCGCUUUAUGGAAGGCCAAACGCAUGGAAUUCGUUUUGGCCAACAUGAGGAAACAGCAAAUUUCAAUGGCGAAAAUCUUCCGCAAAAUAAAGGAACUCAAGCCCGUCAUGCACAUAAUCCACAUUCUCACGAGCGAAAUGAUUCAUUUCCUGCACCAGACUCAGUAUUACUUCCUUUUCGAAGUGUUGGAGUGCUCGUGGGCCGAAAUGCUACGACGGGUGAACCAAGCCGAGUGCUUGGACGAGAUUAUAACCGCUCACACGAUUUUCCUGAAUUCGGUUCAGUGUGGAGUGUUGCUGGACGACAGUUCGAGACAACUGUUCUCACAGUUGAGGUCGAUCUAUAAUUUUAUUUUGACACUGGAAGGGUACCAGAAGGCGCUAAAUGAGGCCGCCACGAGAGAGUUUGAGGCCUUCAUGGCACUUAAAGCCAAAACCGAAAAGUCUGACAUGUUCGGCAUGACCAGUGAGGACGAAAUAAUCGCGAAAGCGCGAGUCGAGAAUUUCCACCAGUUCUUGAGCAGUAUCCGGACUAAAGUGAGACACUUGGCUCAAACGUAUGAGCAAUUCGUUAAGAAAUAUUUGUUGCUGCUGUCGUCGAGUUCGAACAUGAAUCUCCAGUUACUGAGCGUGAGGCUAAGUUUUAACGACUAUUAUAAAAUCAUUUGACCGGAAACCGAUUUUGUGUACAACCAGCCGUCUCAUAUUGUGUAUAACCCGCGAUCGCCUACUUCCACAGUUAGCAAAUACGGAAGCUGUGACUCUCUACUUCGUACAAAGAAAAAACAGAAACAUAUCUGAUGUUGUAUUGGAUGAAAGGCUGCAGCCUUUCAUCUGGGACUUGUAAUUAUGUAAUGGAAGUGCAAAUUUGAGCAUCAGCUCCAUUUUAAAUAAACCAAGUUAUUCAAUA